CAUCGAGAAGAUUUUGACGAAAAUCAUUGCAAAAACAGAGGAAUCUAGACUGGAGAUCGGUGUUCUGUGGCUGAAUAGUAACGGCUUAGAGGCACUAACUGACGACCCCGCAAGGGGGCGUGACUUAAGUCGACUGAAGAAUCUCAUCCAGUUAGCUCUAUGGGAUAACAAACUUGCUGUCUUCCCAGAGGUUGUGGUGAAGCUGAAGAAGUUAGAGCGUUUGAAUAUUUCUCAAAAUGCAAUCGAAAGCAUUCCAAAUAGUAUCAAGGAGAUGAGCAUCAGUUUAAAAGAGUUGUGGCUAGGCGGGAACAGGAUACAAAACGUCCCAGAAGACUUUUGUUACCCAAUCUCGAAAUCCUUUAUUUCGGACAUCGACAAUACAAAGACGGCGGAAACAACAUCAGUGAUCUCCCAAAGAACUUUGGCCAGCUAUAGAAGUUACAUACGUUAUAUCUGUAUGCCAAUAAGUUUACAAAGUUUCCGGAAGUGAUAUGUCAGCUUCCUAGAAUCCGAGACUUAGAUGUGGGAAAGAACAAAAUUCGACAUCUGCCAGAAGAGAUACAUCACAUGAAAAAAGUCACCAUGUUGAAAGUUGACGACAACUUGUUGACAGAGCUCCCAAACGGUUUAUCCCGACUCAACAACUUGUUCCAAUUGGACGUACGUGGCAACAGCAUAACGUUCCUACCUGUAGAGUUCGGAAAACUGACAAUGCUGAAGAUAUUUGAUAUCAAGAGGAACCCGAUUGUGCAGCCACCACUGGAUGUCUGCCUGCUAGGAGUAGAGAGUAUCAAGACAUACUACGAAGACCUGGCGAAGUCGGAGCGAGUUUCCACCGUGCACCGGAAAGUUGUGCUGCUUGGAGAAUCGUUCGCUGGAAAGACAAGUAUGAAGAACGCUCUCCAAACGGGCGAAUCCCAUUUGACCAAAGUGAGGGAUCGCACACAGUGUAUGAACAUAGACUCGUGGUGCUCUAAGAUAGGCGGCGAAAGUCUGGAGAUUCGGGUGUGCGAUUUCGGAGGUCAUGAUGUGUACACACUGACGCACCAGUUUUUCCUGAGCGAAGGAUCUCUUCACCUGCUGGUGGUAAAUCUGAAAACUUACCGCAGACGACAAACCGCGUUCAACAGAGCGGUGAGGUUCUGGUUAGAGAGUGUGGAUUCUCGCGUCGUCAAUGCAGUCGUUUAUCUAGUGGGAACCCAUGCUGACAGGUUGACCGCGGGUGAGAUAGAAGGGAAGACCCGAGACAUCAAAGAUCGCGUGAUGAAGUACAUCGAAGAAAGAAGGAAGCACCUGCACUCGCAGAUUGAGGAGGUAGAAACACAGCUUGUCAAAGCAAGGGACGAGGCAGAGUAUGUCAUGAGGGCGUAUGCAAGCAGAAAACUAGAGCGACUACAGCGCAAGGUAGAAAAGCUUCGGUGUGAAUUGGAUAGUGGUCUGAAGUUUCUGAAGAAUGGUGACGUGGCAGUAGUGAGCUCCAAAGACAUGACCGGCAUCACCGACUUGAAAACAGAUGUGUUCAAAAUCUCAGUCGACAAGGAUCUGUUCCCGAGCGCUCAUUGUGUCCUGCCCAGAUCAUGGAUCAACAUGGAGAAACUGCUCAAGUUAGAAGGGGAGAAGUCCAGCAAUAUCAGCCUCUCAUGGGAGGAGUGUGUGCAUCUCGGGUCAAAGCUUAAUCUAGUUUCGAACGGAAUGGAAGCUGUGAUGGGCUACCUUCACAAAACCGGCUCCGUCCUACACUACAGGGGCGACGUCCUCCAGAACGUUGUGUUUCCUGACCCUACUCAGCUGAUCACGCUUCUCAAGCUGAUUUUUGACCACGACCAAGAACGCCUCCUUGGCGCCUUAAGACAGAAUUCUAAGAUGUCCACAGAGGAAUUUAGCGUCGUGCAGAACAACUUCGUACGUCGCGCAAUCCUACCGAAAGGUGUACUCCUCAAACAUUUUAGUAAGAACAAAACAACGACAGACGACUUCGACCACCAUCAAGGUGCUGGAGACAUUUGGUAUCACCCAUGUCGUGCCGUCACCGCCCAAGGGUACCGCUGGGACCGCCUUUCUGACGCCGGGAGAGGUGUACUACAGGUUCCCUUGGUUCUUGCCGAAGUCACCCGGCACGCCGCCGCACGUGAAGCGAUGCUGGCCGACACGAGUGCCCAACGAAAUGGAACAGAUUGGAGUAGAGUUCACAAUUGAUGGCAAGGAACCGACUGGUCUGUUUGAAAGACUGUGUGCUCAGCUGCCUCCGCAUCUCUGUCCAGGAAACGACUGGUCAGACGGCACCCUGUCUUACCUUGGAGAACAGCCAGUCUUGGUCCGUCGGAAAACGGUGGAAAAUGGAGUGAAGAUCAUGAUUUCAGGACGCGCUGUUUCAGACAGGAUUGACGACAUGUGGCUGUACGCCAUCAUACCGAUUGUAGAAAAAACAAAGCUCCUGCUGAAGGAAUGGUCUCGCUCCUGUUGGACAUGUAGUAUUCCAUGCCCACAUUGUACCAAGGCCGGUCUGAAGCGGCUCGGUUAUUUCAGUGCUGGCCUGCUAUGGGAGGAGAGACCCGACAAGCCAGCUAAGUUACAGUGUCCGAGACCGCGAGAUCGCUCCAACAAAGCUACCCCUGCAUCUCUGAUGACCAUGUUGGUGUACCCACCUAAAGCAGUUCCUACAGUUGCGCCAUCGGAUGUGGUCGUCAACCCGGCAUCAUCGACUGAGAUCGAAGUGAGUGUUGGUGGGAUCCCUGUUCACAUGCGGCCAUGCGUCAUCCUCGGGUACAUUGUGAAGUACACGGGAGGCGGCAGGGAGACAGUAGAGGUACCGAUGAAGGACGGACAGCACACGGUAACGCUGAGAGGCCUGAGGAAGUCAGCCAAGUACACGGUGACAGUGGCAGGGUUCACCGCUGGUGGUGUGGGCAAAGAGUGCGACCCAAUCGACGUCUUCACCAUGGAAGAUGUUCCAGACGCACCACCUGUAGAUGUGACCGCGUUCGCAUGUUCCAUCAGUGAGAUUAAGGUUUUCUGGAAAGCGCCACCAAAAGACCAAUGCAACGGAGCAAUCCUUGGCUACAAUGUGCGGUACCGUGGAAAGAACGACGUCGGUGCGGAGUAUGAAAUGGUGUCUACAGACACCACCCACGCUGUACUGCAGAACCUACAGCGGGCCAGAGCGUACAGCAUCACUGUUCAAGCCCGCACCUCCAUUGGGGAGGGCCCCUUCAGCCACCCGCCGGUCGUUAAGAGGACUCUACUAGAUGACCCAAGAGACGAUGAGCUGGAAGACGUGACGGACAUGUUGGUUGAUAAACUCUUCAUGGAAGACACUCGCCGCCUAGCGAUCAACUUAGGCCUUACAGUCGUGCAGAUCGACGAUGUGUGCCGGGAUUGUGACCGCGAUUCGAGGGAAACCAAAUAUCAAAUGCUUAGAAAAUGGAAACAGGUCACAGGAAGCAAUGCUACGGUACUGUCUCUGUGUUCGGCUCUUGAGGCUCUCGAUGCAAAGGUGUCCGAAAGUGCCGAACAUUGCCGACCAGGUGCCGAACACAACCGAGCACUCGCCGAACACUGCCGAAUGGGUGUUGGCCAGCCCUGGCUCGAAGGGGUUUACUAUAUUAGUUUAGCCAAGCAGAUAAUGGAUUCUUUUGAGAGCAAAAGUCCAGAGCCAACGUCCAAAGAAUGAACUGAGCAAACGAAAGAAAAGCGCGAACAUCCGCCUGAUCAGCAACGCUUAGCAACGCAUAACGUUAACACUGAAGGAAAAGUCAAAAGGGAAGCUAGCGGACGAACAAGGAACUGUGCAAUAUACACGCACAUACACACAAAAGUGUGCGCACAAAGAACAGAACAUGUGCGAAAUCUACACAGCUAAAGAACUGAGCAAUACGCAAGCUCUAAAAAUUUGAGAAAUACUUUGGUGAAAUGCUCCCAACAAUAACUGUAAAUAGAACAAUUACUGUAAAUAGAACAAUAACUGUAAAUAGACAUAAGCAAACAGUAUCUACACUGCGCUUGUUCGUGUUAUCAUAAAAGUUUAUAUGAUAACAUAUUGAGUCACAUUCAAAUUGAUAUACACGUAUGUUCACUUGCAAAUGUGUAUACUAUACGACGUGUGGUUAAAACAUAAACAGAGGAGGUUAUCAAUAAUUAGGGCUAUGAUUGUUAUGUUUGUAUGUUUUAUCAAUUGUUGUCAUCAUAUCAGACGGAUGCUUUAUAUACCAAAAAAACUUUCUUGAAAUGUUGUACUUUAUCCAGGGCCUCCAUGAAAAGCAGUGUUAGUCACUGAUGGGAGCUUACCCUGGUAAAAGAACACAGAAAUAGAUCAAUAAAUAUAUACUUCUGUUACCAGUA